CCUAGUCAGCGUUGUGCCCGGUCCUUCAUAUAACCCUGAGGCAGCGGGUACGCGUGGAAGAGCAGAGCAGAGCUUCAUGGCGUCCAGAACGGUCACAUCGACUCCGGAAGAGAAGCUGGUGGUGCUCGAGAGUAGCACGUCGGCGUCUUCGCAGGGUGGGUCUCAGUAUGGCUUGAAGUUCGCUGCAGCGGCGGUGAGCAAUAUGGCUGCAUCGGCUGUGAGCAACCCUGUGGAUGUAAUUAAAGUUCGUCAGCAACUCAAGACCGCAACACCUGGAAUUCGAGGCAAUGCUUUCUGGACGGUGGGAUAUCAGAUGGCGCGUACCGAAGGCGUUCUUAGCCUCGGUAGCGGCAUGACCGCGAGCAUGAUGCGAGAAGUGGUCUACUCCGGCCUCAGGCUAGGAACAUACGAGUACUUCAAAGACUCGUUAUACACUGCCGCAGGCGGGUCCUUGCCGAAGGAAGGUUUGACAUUAAAGGUCCUUGCUGCGACAAUAGCCGCCACAAUAGGCUCAUUUGUCGCAAAUCCCGCCGAUCUAGCCAAAGUACGCAUGCAGGCGUACUACCCUAACGGCAGCCCAUACCGUAACGUAUUCAAUUGUUACGCCGCAGUCUGGCGGGAAGGCGCCACCAAAGAGGCAUCUUCUCCCUUCUGGGGCGGCUUGCGCUCUCUAUAUCGCGGCGUAGACGCGACUACCGUCCGGGGAAUCAUACUCUCGACAUCGCAGAUAUGCUCAUACGACCAGGUGAAACAGUCUCUGAAGAAGCGCGGCAUCAUGGAGGAAGGUAUUGGUCUGCAUCUGACCGCUAGUCUUUUUGCUGGACUUUUCUGUUCCAUUACGUCCAACCCCGUCGACGUGGUGAAAGUGAGGGUCAUGAAUGACAAAGAACGUCGAUAUAAAGGCGUUGUCGACUGCGUGAGGUCAAUCAUGGUGAACGAGGGGCCUUUGGCAUUUUUCAAGGGCUUUGGAAUGUGCUGGGCGAGGCUCGGGGUACACACGAUUGUCAGCUUCAUCGCGUUCGAGCGAAUACGAGGACUUUUAGGUAUCAGUCCCAUGUAGAGCAUGCGGUACAGGGUGAUGACCAUGUCCAAAUUCUACGGGUCUCUCCUCCAACGCCCAUUCCUAUAUAACAGCUAAAGAUUCCUGUAUACACCACAUAUCUUCCCCUUAAUCUAGCACAUGAGAAGAGCGGAUGGGCUGCACAUUUUACGGUGUCAGUGUGGCCCAUGAGCUACUCGAGACCCUCUAGAGUCUUCAGCCCAUGCUCAUCUCCUCAUCAGCAGCGUCCGAGUAUUGUGAAGUGGAGGAUUGCAUCAUUCGCGGGGCACCGGGGAAUUUUGCUAGAAGUCUCCCAGGUCCCAUUUCCAUGUUCAUCUCCAGCGCCAUAUUAAGCAGUUCCAGAACGAAAGGAUUCAUGGGGUCAAUGCUCAACGCUUCGUGAUAACGAACGAUGGCUUGGUCCAUGUCACCCAAAAGAUGUUGGGUUAAGCCCAGGAAUGAAAACGCUGCAGCAGAUCGAGAGUCUACCCGGAUGGCGUUUUCGUACGCGGUGCUCGCCUCCUCAUAGCGUUUUAGUUUCCGGUAGCUGGUACCAAGAUUAAUGUAUGUCGAGAGCCAAGUUUCCUGAGCACUCUGCGUGCCUCCCGCUAAUUCUAUGGCUCUGCUGAAGAGAGUUACCGCUUCCUCGUAGUUGCCCAGGUUGAACAUCACGAUACCACGCUCGUUCAGUGUUAGCGGGUCACUAUCGCAGAUAUCAUACGCUGCAUUCAGUGUCUCGGCGGCGAGCUGGUGCGCCAAGGUCAAGUACUCCAU